CACCUGCCGACCCUUAUGGUCUGGCAACGCUGUCAAAAAAAAAUGUCCUAAUUAACACCACACUUAAGUGUGCUUGCAAAGAAUGCGCUAAAAUAAGCCAAAACACACACACACUCUAGGAUAAACCACAAUGGCGCAUACAUCUAGUACCGGCGUUGUGGUGCCACGAAAUUUUCGCCUUCUGGAGGAGCUGGAUCAGGGCCAGAAAGGCGUGGGCGAUGGCACCAUUUCGUGGGGUCUAGAGAACGACGAUGAUAUGACACUCACCUAUUGGAUUGGCAUGAUCAUUGGCCCCCCUAGAACACCAUUCGAGAAUCGAAUGUAUUCUCUAAAGAUUGAGUGCGGCGAACGCUAUCCGGAUGAGCCACCAACGCUCAGAUUUUUAACAAAAGUUAAUAUAAAUUGCAUUAAUCAGAAUAAUGGCGUGGUUGAUCAUAGAUCAGUGCCCAUGUUGUCCAGAUGGAGUCGCGAGUAUACCAUUAAAACGAUGCUUCAGGAAAUACGUAGGAUUAUGACCAUGAAAGAGAACUUGAAAUUGGCACAACCGCCAGAAGGUAGCUGUUUUUAGUCGGCAACAACAACAGCAACAACAACCUACAACCACAACAGCAACAACAACAGCAGCAACAACUAUAUCACACACAACUGCAACAACAACAGCAACACCUGCACUCAACUGAAGUGCAUGUCAGAGAGAGAGAGAGUGAGAGAGCGCGUGCCCGCCAUGGUAAGUCGCCUCAAUCCUCGAGAGUUGUGUGUGGUAAUGUCAGAGCGAAUGGAGAGGUUUAGAGAGUAGCAGUUGGAGGAGCCAAGGAGCUGCAUUGUUGUCGUUGUUGUUGUACUUCUUGAAUGUGUGUGUGUGUUCAGCAGCAACAAGAACUAAAGCAAAAUAUACUAUAAGUGUAAACAACAACAGCAACAACAACAAGAAGUAGAAAAAGAAACAGAAGCAGAAGCAGAAGAACAGCCACAGCAAACGUCACUAAUAUAAAUGGUCGUCGUCCCUUCCGUCAUCGAGCGUCGUACGAAUGUCAUCAUGUUUGGUUACCCACAUUCUUAGCUAAGAAAUAAAACAAAUAAAAACUCAAGUAAAAGAAUGAUUAAGUAAAAAACACACACACUUACACCAUGCGAAAAGAUACAUUUAUAAUUUUACUCACGCUAUUUACAAAACAAACAACAACAACAACAACAAAAAGAAACGCAAAUUCGUAAACUUAAAACCACAUUAUAAGAUAAAAAAUUAAGCGAGUUCUGUUUUUCGUUGCAGCGAAGAAGAUGAAUCGUAAUUAUUGUUUUGCAUAACUAAAAAAUUUAUUAAUUAUAUAUAUAUAUAUACAAAUUUAAGCGAAUUUUUUGUAGUAAAAACAAAAAAACGAGAAAAAAAAAACAAAAA